AUGGCGGACAAGGAGGCAAGCGUUUACAUCGUUGACGUCGGCUCGUCCAUGGCCAACUGCAACAACGGCCGAACCGAAUCUGACCUCGACUGGAGCAUGCGUUUCGUUUGGGACAAAAUUGCCACCACCGCUCAGUCCAAACGAAAGACGUGGUGCGUCGGUGUGGUUGGCCUCCGAACAGAUGUGACUGAGAAUCAGUACGUUGACAACGAAGGCUACGAGAAUAUCUGCGUUUUCAAGGAACUUGGUCCGGUGUCCUUGCAAGACAUGCAGCAGCUGAAAACGCACAUAAAGCCGAGUCAGACUGUCAAUGGUGAUGCAAUGUCCGCCGUUGUCGUCGCUUCUGAGAUGAUCGUUGCCUUCACCAAGCAAAACAAAUGGGACCGCAAAGUCUAUCUGGUCACUGACGGCAUGGGUGCCAUCGACGAUGAUGGUAUUGAUGACAUUGCAAACCGGCUGAACGACAUUGGAAUUGCAUUCACAAUAAUGCAAGUAGGCGUGGAUUUCGAUGAUCCAGAGUAUGGAUUCAAGGAGGAAGAUAAGUCGUCGCUCAAGGCGUCCAAUGAGCGCACUCUGAAGGCUUUUGUGGACAAGUGUGAUCGUGGUGUUUUCGCUACGAUGGCUGAGGCCAUAGAAGGCCUUGCCAUACCCAAACCCCGGUUCACGAAACUCGUCCGGAGUUAUGAUGGGCCAUUAACCCUUGGAGAUCCCGAGAACUUCCCCAGUGCCAUCAAAACAUAUGUCGAUAGAUGGCCUGUUACCAAAAAGAGCAGCGCAGAGUCUGCCACGACUGUGGUCUUGAAAUCGGGCUCUCUCGACACACAGUCAACGAUGACCUUGGAUCACGAGAUGGAAGGAUUUGAAAACGGCGGUCCGUCGUUGAGCUCGGUCAAGCAGCAUCGAACUUACAAAGUCAACGACCCAGGCGCACCAGGCGGAAAGAGGGAUGUCGAGUUUGAGACCUUGGCCAAGGGCUAUACAUACGGCAGCACCGCCAUCCACGUUGCGGAGGCUGAAUGGGACAUCACCAAGCUAGACACCACUAAAGGAUUCUCCAUCAUCGGAUUCAUCGCAAACGAGAAAGUUGAGCCUUUUAUGGCCAUGGCGGAAACCAGUGUCACAGUUGCCAAGCCGUUUGACGAGACAUCCCAAGUGGCCCUCUCGGCUCUCAUUCAUGCUCUCCAUGAGCUGGAGCACUGCGCGGUCGCAAGGCUUGUCGUAAAGGACGGGAAAGACCCAGUGAUCCUCCUCUUGAAACCAUGUGUCGACGUGGACAUCGAGUGCCUCUACGACGUGCCUCUCCCCUUUGCGGAAGAUACACGACAGUACCGAUUCCCUCCUCUGGACAAGGUCAUCACCAUCACCGGCAAGACCCUGACUGAGCACCGCUUCCUCCCUGAUAAAAAUCUUAAACGAGCUAUGAGCGACUUUGUUGAUGCUAUGGAUAUCUCGGAGUUCGGCCGGGACGAUGACGGAAAUUCGGCCGAAUACGCGCCUCUGGAUGACUUGUACUCGCCAAUCAUCCAUCGCGUGAACCAGGCCAUCCGAGCUCGCGCUGUCGAUGAGCAGGGUGCUGUCGAGCCCAUUCCGCCAGUGUUGCUAAAGUACUCGCGACCCCCUGAGAAACUGUUGAAAAGAGCCAAUCCAGAAAUCGAGGCUCUCAUUGAGGCAGCCGAUGUCAAGAAAGUGAACACGGACGAGGCCAUCGAGACCGCUAUGAAAGACAUGGCACAAAUCGUCUUUUCUUUGAUCAAGGAGAGUUUUGGCGACCGCAACUACGACCAAGCACUUGAGAACAUCGGUGUGAUGAGGGAGCAGAUGGUCGGCCUUGAGUCGCCGAAGCUGUACAACAGCUUCCUGGAGGAGCUCAAGAGCAAAGUCAACUCCAAGGCACUUGGAGGUGAUCGCCGGGACAUGUGGGCCAAAAUCCGUUGGUCGGGACGGCUUGGGCUCAUCACCAGAGACCAGUCUGAAACCUCCGAUGUGACAAAGGAGGAUGCAUCUAAUGUGAGAUCUACUUCUUUUGUGGUUUUUGACGAGCACAGCUAA